ACUAGACUGUCUGACUGGGCGAAAGUGUACAAGAGAACCCGGCCAAGAUGGAGGAGAUCGUCAUUCCCAAUCUCGAAGACGACGAAGACGACUACCUCCCCUCCCUCUCCCGCCCCGUAUUCGGCGCCGCCUCCUCCACCUCUUCCCUCCCCGACACCGACCCCUACUCCAACUCACACCGCUCCAACCUCUCUUCAGACUCUUCCUACGCGCCGGGCAAACUCCAGACCACCACCCCUACGCGCCCGGGGCUGCAAAAGGCUUCAGCAAGCUUCUCUGUUGGGGCACCCACGCUGGCACAUGGGUUUGGGCAGCAGCAGACGCCAGGGUCGCUGGGCAAGUUUAAUAAUGCGUCUUCGUCUUCGCUUGUGACGCCUGGCACGUCCAUCAGCUCUAGCGGUGCCGUCAAACGCCCGGGGCUCGCUACCAAAGGAUCAUUCGCCUCCAUCAAGAAUGCGUUCAAGCAGAACCACUCUACACCUGCUCCGCCGCUGCCUGCUUUCGACAGGACGGGCCCCCCGGGAUACCCGGCGCUGAAGAAUCCGUUCUCGAGGUAUGACUCGCCCAUGUCGCCGAGGAAUCCGGCAGGUUUCAAGACACCGGUCAAGGGGAAGAAUCUCUCGUCUUCGACAACGGCGUCCCCAAUGUCAAGAGGGAAUACGGCAGAUGGACAGGGGAGAAAGUACUCGAUCGCUUCGUCGCAUAGAUCGCAAGGAGGAAGGUCGAUGACAUCGAACGGUUCUGUCAACUUUAGAGCGGAUGACCACCCCAUGCCGGCACUGCCGCCUAUACCUUCACGCCAGACGCCGUCGAGACUAGGUGGGAGGCAUGGGAGCGAUGUGGGGAGUUAUCUGGGGAGAAUGAGAGGAGGGAGUGUCGAUUUGGACGACGGCGAGUUUGGGCGGACGCCGGGGGAGGAGGCGUUGAGGGUUGUGUUUGUAGAGUUUCGUGAAGCGGCGGGGAACAAGGUACAGAGAGUAUGCGCGAGGCCUCUAAAUUCACACCCAUCUCUAUCGACCAUUCUCGAAGCCGGCAUCGACCCACAAUUUGACAAUACCAUCACCUCCCUCUCCCAAUGCGCUACGCGACACGCCCGCCGAGUCGUCGACCUCCUCAUAUCAUGGUGUCGCGACUACUGCGGCAACAUUGGCGCCAGCGAAGUCCGCUCGCACCUCGACAGAUCUAUGGGCCUCCAGAUGAAAGUCGAAGAUGCCGCUGCCAUCCUCCAAGCCCGCAAAUCGUCCGCUGCGAGAUUCAUCAUGAACCGCGCGCUGAUAGAGCUGCUCAAGAUCACGCCGAAAGACUCUUUAGAUCAGGAACUGGGCAUGACGCUGGAGACUAACGCUUUCAAUGCGUAUCGCUCGGAGAAACCGGAGGAUGUGAUGCAGUUUCCGCAUAAGAAGGCGGUAUCGCAAUUGCAGAUUCAGUUGCUGGGCCAGCUGUCCAAGACGCGGUUUUUGACUGUCAGUGAUAGGUUUGUCCGCGAGCUGAGCAAGUAUGCGACAAACCAACAACCAACGAAAGAGUCUGAGGCAAGGAUAGAGCACCUGCUCAAAGGCAUGCGCCAUCUGCAGCUCAAAGUCUACCCCGAGGACGAGCUCGAAAUGUCUGCCGAAUUCAUCCAAUCCCUCUCUGCCUUUUACGCCUCCGCCCACGGUCAAUCCCUCAAAAUCGCAUACGCCGAGACGUUUACGCAUCUACUGCAUCCUGUCAUCGAGACGGCUACAGCCGAGGUGAAUCAUCCGGUGUGGGCGCAGGCGAUGGCUGUAAUUCUGGAUAGAGCGUUGGGGAUGGUGGGGAAGGCGAGGUACUGGAAUGCGGCGUUUCCGUUGAUGGUGACUGCACUGGGGGUGAGUCCGAGGGAGGUGUUUAUUCAGCAGUGGCAGAAUGUGGUGGACGCGAUCAUGGCCAAAUUCAAGGAUCGGAAUACCAAAUCUGUCGCUAUGGGAGCCUUCAUCCGUCUUCUCUGGGUAUACCUUCAUCGAUGCCACGAAUCUUCCACCUCGACGCGUAAACGGCUCGAUCAUCUCAUCCGCGUUCUGUUCGCAUCCUCCCAGUACCUCUACCCGUCGGAAAUACCUUCUGAAGGUUUCAUCGCCGUCUUGCACUACGUCAUGACAAGGCAGACGGACUACGGAGAAGAGUUUGUGGUCGAGUUCUUGGGUGGGCGGUCAGCGACAGAGUCGGGAGCGGAGAGAUCAACCGCAGUCGUCAAAGCUGUCAACCAUACUUUGCGCGUUAUCGAGCUAGAGAAACACGCAACCUGGCCGCAAUCCCCCGAUUUUACAAACUUUGACCACGACUCUUUUGCGUUCGAGUCGUCAGGCGAGACGAUGCCGUUCGACACCGAAACCAAGCCGGAAGUAUCCGACUUGCUCAAGAAGGCUGGUCCUGCGUUCAUGAACCUCUUGGUCGAGUGUGAUAACGACGUCCGGAAUCUCCUCCUUUCCAACGACUCGGUCGCCAUCUCUGGGCACGCAUCGAGUCAUACGAUGGACAAUCCCGUCGAAAUUAUCACUUCGAAGCAUGGCGACGUCUAUGUCUCUUAUCCAGCGCGAUAUGCGGGCAAGAUGAGGUUGAUGGAGGCGGUCAUUGAGGCGCUGCCGAGGUGCUUGCCCAAGGACCCGAAGUGGGCCGAGCUGGCGAGUAUCUUGUGCCGAGCGACGUUCUCUGCGGAUCCCAACGUCUGCGUGGCAGCCGGGAAUGCGCUCAAACGUAUGGCCCAAGAUCCGCAGAGAUGCUUGCUCCUCGUUGCGACCUAUCGAGGAUUCGUAUUUGAGACCCGGCAUAUAUUCAAAGACACCUUUGUCGGCGCAAAGUUGAUGGAUAGCCAGUUUGAGAGGGUGGUCAAGCUGUGGCUAGACAUGCUCUUACUGCUUGUUGGGCAUCAAAGAGUGGCAGAAGCCCAGGCGGAUGAUGAAGAUGGGCAAAAAGCGCCGACUGCCGAUGCUUCGCAGAUCGCCCAGAUAGAGGCUUCGGCCAUCUUCUUGUUAUGCUCUUCGGCUCUGUCGCUGAGAAAGCUUGCUGGUCAAAUCCUCGUUGCUGCCAGAGAUCUCGAGAGUCAACAGCGUCUUCCUUCUGCGGCAUUCCGAUACAGCCGGCUGGUUCCCGACAAACUCGCCUCGGCAGGCCAUGUCCUCGACAUCUACGAGCAUGUCCUCAACGAGAAAGAUAUCGACGCUCUCAACCAAAUCCCCUGGUUGUCGCAGCCCGAAAAGGCGAGACUUGAGAUCGUCAACAACAACAGGGGCAAAGAGGGUGGAAAGUUGCUGCAGCGUAUAGCCGAGGGCGAGAGCUCUCGAGAUGCUGUUCUGUGGCUAUCAGUGCUUCCCGUCUUUAUCGGCAGGGUUGCUGAUCGACUGCCAAAAGUAUCUCAGGAGCUGAGAACUGUGGUCGGAGGGCUGGUCCUUCGACUUCAAGCCCAUGUCGCGUUGGUGGCUGGUGGAGUCAUGCGCGGUACUCCCAGCAGGACGGGAGGUAGCUUGGCGACAAGGAGCUCUUCUGAUAUAGCCAUUCUUGCUGAUCACUGGCGAGCAUACCUCUCAAUUCUUUGUGUGACUCUCAACCCCGCCAAUGGACCGGCUCCUCCUACGCCUCCCGUUCAACGGUCCAAUGCCAAGGACGUCAUCAUCCUCAACCAGGAGGCUAUCAGCACGCCCGUUCUCUUCACUUACCUCACGUCUCUUCUUGGUUGGGAGGAUACGAGGUUCAAAGAUGCUGCUGUCCAUGCCCUCGGGUCCAUCCGACAGGGCAUGAUGAGACCCCUUGCAGAGCAGCUUUUGAAUGUCACUAGGCGAUUGAUGGACGGGGCGAAAGUGGGUACGGCACCUCGUGAAGGGACGACAAAAAAGACACCAAACUCUACCAUAUGGACCGCUGUCGCGCAUAUCUUCCGACUCAUCUCUCCCCUUAUCCUUGAUCACAAGUCGUCUAAUCACCUGGCAAACUUGUCUUCCAUGAUUGGCUUCAUCAAAGUCACUUGGACGCUGUUGUCUGAUCGGACAGUGAAAGAAGACUAUGACCUUCAAAAUCUUCGUCGCUCGUUUUGCAUUGUUGUGGAAAAUCUCACCAAUGCUCUCGGCAAACUCGACUCUUCGGACCGGUUCCUAGGAGAAGAAAUGCGAGGCGCAGUGUUCAAGCUCUGUUACGAGUGGUGCUUGGUCGGGAGAAGGCCAGAUGUGGCAAAGGCAAGAGAGAGUCAGAUGUUGCAGGCUGCAGCGGGAGGAUAUAGGGGUGAAAGAGACAGAGCGUCUUAUCUGGAUAAUCUUCAAAACAAGACCAAGCUGCUGUCGAUGGCAGCGGCUGAGACUAUGGCAGGGCUAUGUCAAGGCAAAUUGAUAUCGGUAUCGGACUCUACUCCUGCACAACAGGCUUCGGAUCACAUUGUAGAGCCGCUGUUGGUGCUGAGGUGGAUUAGGGGAAUGUUUGGAUCUGCAAACAUGUCACAUAAUGCAACAGCAAAGCGGGCUCUGUUUGCUUUGAUAAAGUACAACUGGGACUGCGAAAGGCUGCUUGACGAGGUACUACACCAAUCGUUCGGCGAGGGCGAGCAAUUCACUCUCGAGUCGUCCUUCUUUGGUGUUGUUGCAGAUCUCCUCUUGGAGGGCCACCUCGAUCUUCCUGUAGAGCAGGUUGCUUGUCUAGCGCUAUCCAAGCUUGGUCAUCCUGUGUCUACCAUCCGACAACGGGCAUUCCAGCUGGCACAAUCUCUCCUGUCGCAUCCAGACGACUUGCUCGUCUUUAGCAAGCUCCUACCAUCAGUUGGAAGCUCCUCUGCGGCGAUCUACCGACAAGCUCAAGACGCCAUAUCCGGCCAGCUGGCUUCGAUAUACGCCGACAACGCAUUCUCAUUCUUGAGCGAAUGUACUACGCGCCUAAGUCAACUGGAAGCUCCCCGUCGACAGGCUACCCUCAGCGUCAUCAGAUCAUGGGUUCAAUACCUCGAUAUGGUGUCAGAUAUGUCUGACUUAUCACCAGAAGAUGCGUCACUCCAACACCAGGCCCUCCAUAACCUCGUCUAUCUUGGCGUGCGUUUCGGCGAGGAUCACCCGGAGGAGAUCAAGGUCAUCGUGCUGUCGUUUGCUGGGUCGAGCUCGUCUCAGAACACAACUGCCCUCGUCAAGUUCUUGUUCGAACAGGGUGGGAAGCGCAAGUCACCAGACUUUGUGGAGCAUGCCCAGAGGAUGGUCGCAUGCCUCGCAAGCAGUUCAGCGGGGGACGAUAUCUUUGAAGACAUUUGCAACUUUGUCGAGCCGAAUGCCAUGGUCGCUCUGCCUGAAGCCGAUGUGCCUCCAAGCCCAAUGUCAUCUCUAGCAAAUCUCGACACCAUCAUGAGCGCACCCUCGGCAAGGUCGCAAACGUUUUCAACUGGUCAGCUGGCUCUGAUCUUUGCCGGUGAACUUUUACCGCACCGAUUGGGUGACUUUGAGCUGUCCAAAAAGCUACCUGCGCUACUUCAAGCCGCGUUGAUCCAGUGCGACAGUGCGUCUUCAGCGCUCAGAGAUCAGUCUCAGACUGUGCUGUUCCAGGUCCUGCGGGCUUGGAUUUCAGACGUAUCCUUGGUAUCACCUCAAGACGCCCAUGCCAUCUGGACAUCAGCAGAGACCAAGGUCACAGCGCUGGCCAUGAAGAAGCAGACCAUAUUCUGGAAGAGUGACGACAACGGCGGGAGCGAUGUCGCGUUUAUGGCCCCUCCAAAGAUGACAGAUCUUGUUAUCAAGAUCUUGGGUAUCCUCCUUCCUCUCCAACCCCGUAUACGCCAGCAAUGGGGCGAAUUGGCUUUGUCGUGGGCCACCACGUGUCCUAUGAGACACCUUGCCUGUCGAUCUUUCCAGAUAUUCCGGAUCCUAUCGCCCAACGUCAAACCCAGAAUGAUCUCUGAUACUCUGGCCAGACUUUCCAGUACCAUUGCGAGCUCCUCCCAGGAGAUCCAGGCGUUCAAUUGCGAGGUGCUCAGGACAUUUGCGUCCAUUGUGCAAAAUCUUGGGCCCACUGAGGCUCAAUCAAAUCCUCAGAUCUUCUGGUGUAGCUUUGCAUGCCUCACGACGCCAUACGAAAACGAGUUCUCGGAGGUCAUUGACCUGUUGUCGCAUGUCCUAGACAAGACCAACCUUUCCGAUCCAAGUGUGGUUCAACUUCUCAACAAAUACCGUCCAGCCGACUGGGUCGGCCCGGCGCCCUACCUUCAGUCUCUUCUCCUUGUCGGUCUCCGUUCGUCAAAGACCUCAUUCAUGACGUUUGAUCUUAUACGUCGACUCACAAGUGCUUCUAUCGGUGAGCUUGUCGACGCUCCAAACGACAGGUUGAUACAUGGAUUCCUCGCGGCGUUGCCCUGGAUGCUCCACUCGACUGAUCUUGGCGAACCGAAUGAGGAGCUGGCAGAGAUGGCGCUGGAUUUGGCCUCUAUAGCAGACCAGCAAGGCCGGGAAAGCUUUUCGCGCUUGCUGACGUCUUUCGCCAAGGUCCGCUUCCGAUCCAAGGACGAUUUCAUCCGUCAAGCAGCCAGCUUGUUGCGCGACUACAUGCCAACACAUGCUUUGGACAUCGUGACGCUCCUCUUGGGCUUUGUGCUCAAUACCCACGACUGGAUGAGGGAGAAGAGUAUGCAAGUGCUGAAGCUCAUUUUGCAAUCGCCGGAAGCACGAGCACCCUUGCAAACCCAUGGGAAUGAGCUGCUCCAGCCGCUUCUCAAUCUUCUCAAUACCAAACACGCUACCCAGGCGCUCGACGUACUCGACAUGCCGAUCACUGCGACUACUGCUGCCUCAGUCGACAACCAUGUCCCUGCUUCUCCGAGCUUCUCGGGCGACAUCUUUGGUCUGGUGGAAGAGAGUGGCUGGAGUGUGCCAAGAGCCAAAGAACUGUCUUCAUUGACCCGGGAGAAUGUGCGAGCUGUGUUCAACACAUGUACAACAGAGACUCGUGCAGCCUCCGCCCAUUUCUCGGUUGUGCAAUUCGCCGACAUGCGACCAUUCGACUACAAUGCGAGCCAGGUCAGCCUUGAUCUUCCUUCCUCACCUCCAAUCAAUGGCGAGGGGUCUAUGGAGAACGCGUCAAUCGGGGACCUAGUAGGCGCAUUGCACAGCCUGGGGCACUUCUUUGAGGACGGGGAUACGAUGGCUGGUCUUGGAAAUGGGACUUCCAGCCCUCUACCAAACUACAACAUGUCGCGACACGCAGCCAGCAAUAGCGAUGUUAGUGAGCGAAGAGUGAGGGCGAUCAUGGCACGUUCACACCAACACCAAUCGUCUAUAACCUCGCCCAUCUACGAAACCAGCCCCGCUCAUUCCCGGAUCAAUGGGCGGCCUUUCAGGCAUAAUCACACUCGAUCAAAUACGAUAGCAAGCGAAUCGAGUAUGACAUCGUCGUCCAUGGACGAGCGUGAGAAUGCCACUCAGAGGCUCAACUUUUCGAUCCAGAGCGGCGGCAGUAGUACCCUGGGAUCUUUGACUCCGGUCAAAUCUCACGGGCAAUCCCACUCCACGGGCUCGGUCAACAUUCCCUUGGGUGUCAGUGAGAGCAGGAGGAUCCAUCUUCCCAAUCACUCAAUGUCAUCUAUGAGCGACAUGGGAGACCAGAGCGCGUUUGGACUGGACGAGGAAGGUGCCGCUUCUAGUAUGGGAGGGUUGCCGAGCACCACCUCCAUGACAUCUAUCAGCUCUGCGGCAGGAUACGGAGGGGCGGUAGGUCGACAAGGAGGCUGGAACGAGCGUGAGAGGAGGUAGCCGUCCCAGGCGGGCAAGGAUGUGAAGUGAAGGGCAGGCAAAGGGCGUGGUCGAAAAACCUCAAAAAUUCUAGCAUAGCAUAGUGUAAAUCAGUCAUCGUCAUAAAUCAUAAAUCUUGAUCUAGCACCUUGUGCAAGAUAGUUGUAGAGUAUAAUAUGCAUCCAUCUAGCUGCUUCUCCACAA